CCCCAACACCAGCGUGUUUCUUAUGUUGAUAAAAAUGUAGUUUAUUUAGUCCAGAGUAAUAGUUUCGGGGGAUUUUUUAAGGAGACAAGACUACCACAAAAAGCAAAAACAAACAAAAAAAGGUUAUAUCCAAGUGAGUAUUGGUAUAUUUAAAAAAAAAAUAAACUAAUGAGUUUUUUUUUGUUUUUUUUAAAAAUUGAUUAAAAAAAACAACAACCUAUUUUAAAGAAUAUAAAGCAUCAUAAAUGUUUUUUUCAAAAAAUAAUUUUAAAAAAAAUGAAAAAAAAAAUUAAAAGCCGUUAUUUUUUCCCCUUCAAUUUUAGUCAGUAAACAAUAUGUACACAAAAAUAAAUAAAUGUGUUUUUAUUUUCAUUUGUGCGGUUCAAUUAUUUUAAACUAUAUUUCAAGUAACGAAGGAAGCAUUGAAAUGAAUGUUAUAGAAAAAUAAUAAUUUUGAAAUGAUAAGUUCCGAAGCCUAUUUUGCCAACUAGGCAUUGCGAUCCCAUGACGCAGAGACAAAAAAACCUCUUUUCCUUAUAUCCCCACUGAAUGGCUGUUUGAGAUAAUUUAUUAUAAAUGUCUUGUCUUCAAAUUGUUUUAUUUAUGUGCUGAAAAUGUAUAAUGCAAUCAAAAAACAUUUCCAUUUAUUUGGAUUUGUAAAAAAAAAUUGUAUCUUAUAUUAAGACUAAGAUUCCGAAUUAGUGCCAGUGUUGGAGUGCCAGUGUUAGAGUGCCAGUGAUGGAGUGCCAGUGUUGGAGUGCCAGUGCUAGAGUGCCAGUGUUGGAGUGCCAGUGUUCGAGUGCCAGUGUUAGAGUGCCAGUGUUAGAGUGCCAGUGUUAGAGUGCCAGUGUUAGAGUGCCAGUUAGAGUGCCAGUGUUAGAGUGCCAGUGAUGAGUGCCAGUGUUGGAGUGCCAGUGUUAGAUUGCGCAUGUUAGAGUGCCCGUGAUGGAGUGCCAGUGUUGGAGUGCUAGUGGUAGAGUGUUAGUGUUGGAGUGUCAGUGUUAGAGUGUCAGUGUUAGAGUGCCAGUGUUAGAGUGCCAGUGUUAGAGUGCCAGUGUUAGAGUGCCAGUUAGAGUGCCAGUGUUAGAGUGCCAGUGAUGAGUGCCAGUGUUGGAGUGCCAGUGUUAGAUUGCGCCAGUGUUAGAGUGCCAGUGUUAGAGUGCCAGUGUUGGAGUGCCAGUGUUAGAGUACCAGUAAUAGAGUGCCAGUGUUGGAGUGCCAGUGUUGGAGUGCUAGUGUUGGAGUGCCAGUGUAAGAGCGCCAGUGGUUUGGUAGACCGGCGUGCUUUGAAACAAUUUAUCGAGAAUCUGUAUGCAAAGAACACUUUAAAUAUCAAAAUAUGUCAUUCUGCAUAUGUAGUGGGUCCCAACAAAAUAAGAAACAUUUUUAUUUUUUGUUAUUUCCCAGAAUUUCUAGGAAUAUGAAAUAUUUUUUAAAAUGAUUAUUUCGUUCCAACAAAGGGGGUAGGGGCCCCGGAUUGGGGUUGGGGGGGGCGAAUUACGGCAAUAAUACUUGGAUCAACGGAUGUCAAGGUUUACACACUUUAAGCAUAUGUUCCUGUUGUUUAAAUAAUUCUUCUUUUUCGAUAAAUUACAGAUGAAAAAUUCGAAAUUAAAAAAUUGAAAUUAAAUAUAUAUUUAUAGACAUAUAAACAAGAAUUUCAAAGACGAGUUUAAGCGCAAUAAUAAGUGGAAAGUAUUUAUUAUUAUGCAUUUUAAAAAAUUAAUUAAGAAAAUAAAUUCUUUUUUAAAUUUUUUUUUAGAAGUUUGUAAUUUAAAAAAAACAAAUUAUUUGUAUAUCCAAACUUCAGUACGGACAUCAAUUCUAUUUACAUUUAUUUCUUUUACGGAUUUCAUCAUUCUCUUUCUUGCCUCAGGAGGUGUCCCCAACAAGGCAGCGUUUUCCUGCGUCACAUCCGCGUCACUCAAGUGAAAAGUUGAGCACGGCUUUACGUGUUGAAGUUUUAGCCGGUGCAAACCAGAGUUUUCUCAAAGUAUUUAUCUUUGUUCCGUUGUUCUGAAAGUAAGAGGAGACAGACAACUACCCAGCUUACCUUACUCAACGGCAUCCAUUACAACGUGUUCAGCCUCGAGUUCUGGAUACAUGAUUUAUACUGUGUCUAGUCCGGCGUCCAUGGCAACCAUGAGCUCAUUCCACCGAGGCUGCCGAAUGGACAAAAUUCGGUUGAUGUUCACCGUAGUGUUUGCCGUCUGUUUGUUCUCGCUGAUCAUCCUGUGCAUGUCCGUGCUCAACGACACUUUGACAAAACUCGAGGUGUACCGCCAGCAGUUCGGUGGCCAGGACUUGGACUUCCAGAGAAAGGUCUUUUGGAACAACCCUGAAAAUUCAGAGGCGUCGGUGUUGAGCGGGGAAGACAACGCCUACGACGUGCCCGACUUUCAAACGGCCUUCGAGAAGGCCGAUAAAGCGGUCCGCAUUGAUAUUCCGGUCAACGAGGUGCAGAUCCGCCGCUUACCGAAUGCAAUCAUCAUCGGCGUGUCCAAGUGUGGAACCAGGGCCCUCUUGGAGUACCUGGACCUGAACCCGUAUGUCAUGGCCGUGCAUCACGAGGUGAACUUCUUCAACAACGACACCCUGUACAAGAGAGGCGUGGAUUGGUACAGAAAUCAGAUGCCGCUGUCGUACUCGAACCAGAUAACGCUGGAAAAAAGUCCCGACUAUUUCGAGUGCAUACAGUGCCCUGCUCGGAUCUACGCCAUGAGCAAGUCAGCCAAGCUGCUCUUGUUGCUCCGAGACCCGGUGGAUCGCCUGAUUUCACAGUACAUGCAAUUUUUGGAUAAAUAUGCCGCGACUUCCCGGAAACUGCCCCCCUUUGAGCAGUGGAUACGCGAUUCUAAGACUGGGGAGAUAAACCUCAAGGUCCCAUCCUUGCGGGUCAGUAUCUAUGCCGAUCAUGUGAACAACUGGUACCAGAGUUUCCCCAAGAAGCAAAUUUUGAUCAUCGAUAGCCACAAACUGACGAAGAACCCUCUCUCAGAGCUCGCCAAAAUCGAAGCGUUCCUGGGCCUCAAGCCGUACCUUUCGACAGACGACAUCUACUUCAACGAGACGAAAGGCUUCCACUGUCUGAGGCAUCGAGCCACGGGGAAAACCCGAUGUCUCGGAGCCACCAAAGGAAGGCCGCACAUCAAAAUCAACAAAGAGACAAUGCAAGCGCUCUAUACGUUUUUUAAUCCCCAUAAUGAACGACUCAAAAAUACGAUUGGUCAUUGGAUGUCAUGGUUUUGAGUGCAUCCAACAAUUUAGUUAGCUUUUAUUUGUUGAUUAAUAAGGACACAUCAUUUUUUUUCUCGUUUGACAUAAUUCAUUUUCUAGCUAAAAUUACAAAAUUGACAUAAAUGACAUAAUGGAAAAUUUUUUUUAGCAGGGGUGUCAACCUCUUCCCCGCACCCCCACCCCCAAAUCCGCCCUGAACCAACUGCUUAACACCUCGCUUGUCUGUAAUUCUAACUGGACCACAGAGCGGCAAGCAUCUGACGCCAACAUCCAUGCAUUCAACUAGUAGCAAUGUUUCUAAUCUUUGUUUCCCCAGGUCAGAAAAUAAAUGAACUUCUUAUUGGGUUAGAGUGGACCUGAUUUACGACCUCCUCAUAUCUCAUUUGUGGCCCACAGGCCGUAGGUUUCCCACCUCUGGUCUCUACCAAUGUGCCAUGGAAUGGGGGGGGGGGAUUUUAGAGUGAAAAGGUCAUUUAAAGGGAAACUACCCUUAAAUUUUGAGUCACAGAGUUCUGCCAUGUUAGACAGAGUAAAAACAAGUUAUCAUCGUCUUAAUGAAAUAUUCCUAAGAAUUUCUCGCUCUGCAUUUCCAACAAUUUAUGACAAACAAAAAAACAAUUCUUUGCCGUAAGAAAAAAAAAUCAGUUAAGACUCCGAAAAACUCAUUUAGAGUGGGAGGCCUUGUUACAUCCCUUCACACUCGCACACACAUGGAGAGACCAACAAGCACAGACACAAAUACAAAAACAGGCACAAGCACAGACACACAAUAAGAACAGAUGGACCAAUGGCGUUUCUAGGGUUUGUGCCGUUCGGGGCGGGAAAAAUAUUUUGCACCCUUUCCCACCCCAGUGGCACAUGCACGAGAACACAGACUUAACCAACACAAACACAACAACGCAAACACACAAUACAGACAAAACGACAUGGACACAUACAAACUUAAAGACAAACAGACACUCACACAGACACUUACACAGACACUCACGCAGAAGCGAAAAACACAGCCACACAUACAAAGGCACACACAUACACACAAUAAACACACAAAAACAGACACACACUUUUCUUCUACAGCGGUUAUUAAAGAUGCACGUCAAAUAAUCCAUUAUUCGAUUAAAUUAGCCCAUAAAAACUAUUUUUAAAAAAAAAAACCCUUACAGUGUAGUUAUGUUCUGCCAGUCGAUGUUUGAAUUCGCACUUAAUUUCCCAACGCCUUUUUAUUCAAACACAUGUGAGUAUUUUAGAACUGUAACAAGGAGUGACUUUUUUGUUGCUUAAUGAAGUAGGAGGUUUUGAUCUCAAAGUCUAACAAUGUUUUUUUUUUUUUUUUUGAAAUGUGUUUUAUUAUAAAUAAUACCGUUAAGUUGGAACAAAAAUGUUUUGUGUUUCGAGUAACCUAUAGGAAAGGCUUGAACUAUAACUAUAAGCAUAAUAACAUGUGAGUAUUUUAGAACUGUAACAAGGAGUGACUUUUUUGUUGCUUAAUGAAGUAGGAGGUUUUGAUCUCAAAGUCUAACAAUGUUUUUUUUUUUUUUUUUGAAAUGUGUUAUAUUAUAAAUAAUACCGUUAAGUUGGAACAAAAAUGUGUUGUGUUUCGAGUAACCUAUAGGAAAGGCUUGAACUAUAACUAUAAGCAUAAUUUUAUGAAGAACUGAAUGCGUCAAGUUAACUGAAUAUUCAUUUAUUUAAUUCAAAAUUAUAUUCCAUUUGUAUUCCUAUAAUUUCAAUACGCAUUAAAACCCGACCAUUUUAUGAUUUGUAUGCAUAUCCUCCUCAAAUCUUUAAAACCAAACUGUAACUACUUAAACAUUUAGGGAGCAUCGCCAAGGCCAUUGUGUUUCUGGAAAACCUGUUGUUACAGAAUGAGGGACA